UGGGACGGUUGGAGUCCCGCAUGGCCCAAUUCUUGCUGAACUUCUGUCUGAACAGGCCCGCACUCCUGCUGCCAUUUCUGAUACUCCUGGUGCCGGAGACCCCUGCCCAGAUCUACACUGACUACCAGUACUUCGGCCAGCAAGGUGAAGGUGACACCUGGGAGCUGCUGCGGCUUCAACAUGAAAAGGUUGAGGAGGACUCUAUCCUUGGCCCAUGGGGAAAGUGGCACUGUCUCUGCGACCUAGGCAAGCAGGAGCGCAGCUGAAAGGUGCAGGGCACAGCAUCAGGCCCAGUGUUCAUGGACCUUGAGAACCUCGUACAGACAAAGCCUUGCCGGCAGCAGGACUGUGCAUCUUGCCGGCCGAUGGACUGCGACUGGAGGGUCUGAGCCUGCCUCUCCAGUCGGAGCCCAGGCGGCCCCAGGGCGGAGCUUGGGAAGUGACUCCGCCCACACUGUACUGCAAACCACACCCCCUGGGGGGCUUGUGAACUACAAUUCCCAGAAGGCCAUAGGGCAGCGUCGACUGCAUCUGUUGCGCAAGUGUAAAGGCCUGCCGGGACGUCGGGGCUCUCCUGUGUCCCAAUUGGUCAGAAUCUAGUGCCCCUCUGAGGUCUGCGGAAAACGCGCGCAGAGACCAGAAACCACCGAGUUGGUUACCGCAGGCGGUGUCGGUGGCGGCAGCAUGGAUCUCAGCGAACUGGAGAAGGACAAUACGGGCCGCAGUCGCCUGAGCUCGCCUGUGCCUGCCGUGUGCCGCGAGGAGCCCUGCGUUCUGGGCGUGGAUGAAGCGGGCCGGGGUCCUGUGCUGGGCCCCAUGGUCUACGCCAUUUGUUAUUGCCCCGAGUCCCGCCUGGCAGAUCUGGAGGCCCUGAAAGUGGCAGACUCAAAGACCCUGUCAGAGAGCGAGAGGGACAGGCUGUUUGCGAAAAUGGAGGAGGACCAGGACUUGGUGGGCUGGGCCCUGGACGUGCUGUCUCCAAACCUCAUCUCCACCAGCAUGCUUGGGCGGGUCAAAUACAACCUGAACUCCCUGUCCCAUGACACAGCCACAGGCCUGAUUCAGUAUGCAUUGGACCAGGGUGUGAAGGUCACCCAGGUAUUUGUGGACACUGUGGGACUGCCAGAGAUGUACCAGAAGCGGCUGCAGCAGCGCUUUCCUGAGAUCACAGUGAUGGUCAAAGCCAAAGCAGACGCCCUCUACCCUGUGGUCAGCGCCGCCAGCAUCUGUGCCAAGGUGGCUCGAGACCAGGCUGUGAAGAGCUGGCAGUUUGUGGAGAAACUGCAGGACCUGGAUGCUGACUACGGCUCAGGCUACCCCAAUGACCCCAAGACCAAAGCCUGGCUGAGGAGGCAUGUGGAACCCGUGUUUGGCUUCCCGCAGCUUGUCCGGUUCAGCUGGCGUACAGCCCAGGCCAUCCUGGAGAAGGAAGCGGAAGGUGUCACAUGGGAGGACUCGGCGACUGAGGAGCAGGAGGGGCACAGGAGGAUCACAUCCUACUUCCAAAGCGAAGGCCCCCGAGCCCGUGCCCCACACCGGUACUUCCAGGAGCGUGGCCUGGAGUCCGCUACUGCACUCUAGGACCCAGCCCGACGCCCUCUGCCAGGCUCCACUGCCUCUAGGAUUAAAGUUGUCUGAGGACGAACGAA